AUGCGGCCUCCGGCGGCCAAGCCCCUGGUUGCCACCACCUCCUCCUCCUCCUCCUACAACCAACACGAACCUCGCCCGGAGAACCCCCUUCUCCUCCUCGCUUCCUCCCGUGCUGCCAAGCUCUCCCUCGGCUGCCCCCUCCUCGACCGCCUCCUUUCCGGUGGCCUCCCCGCCGCGUCGGUCACCGAGAUUGCCGGCGAAUCCGCCUCCGGGAAGACCCAGAUUUGUCUCCAGCUCGCCCUCCUCGCUCCCCUCUCGCCUCUCUCCUCCUCCUCCCUCUUCCUAUGCUCCGACCUCCCAUUUCCCCUCCGCCGCCUCCGCCUCCUUGCCCCCAAAUCGCACCCCGACCUCCUCGACCACGUCUUUGUCGCCGCAGUACACUCUCCCUCCGACCUCCUCUCCCUCCUUUCCCGCGCCCAGCACCACCUCUCCCACCCUACUCACUCCCCGCACCGCCUCCCUACCCGCGUCAUCCUCCUCGACUCCAUCGCCUCGCUCUUCCGCGCCGACUUCGACGCCUCGCCCGCCGACCUCAAGCGCCGGUCGGGGCUGUUCUUCAAGAUAUCCGCAAAACUCAAGGAGCUGGCGUACAGGCACCACUGCGUGGUCGUGGUGACCAACCAGGUGGUCGACGUGGUCGAGGGGAACACGGGCAACACCAUGGCCUGGUCGUCUGGGCGGCAGGUGAGCCCCGCGCUGGGGCUUUCCUGGGCCAACUGCGUCAACACUCGGUUGUUCCUCACGCGGGAGGUGGGUAGCGACGGUGGGAGCACCAGGAGGCACAUGAAGGUUGCCUUUGCGCCGCACCUGCCGGAGCGGACCUGCGAGUUUGUGAUACGGAGGGACGGUGUCUUUGGAGUUGACCCCGCACAAAGGUAG